AUGAAAAAGUUUAAAAGUAUGAAAAGACCCCACUCUCCAGAAUUAAUUAAACCCUAUUUAAAUUCCAAAAAUGAUAUUGUAAAUGCCACUUUUGAUGGUGGUAACUCAAUUAUUUCUCCUUAUGAUCAUUUAAGCAUUAAGAAUUACAAAAGACAAAGGUUAAUAGAAGAUUUCGAGGAUUUAUCAAUAGAUAAGUGUAGUGCUAAUAACAAAAGUCACAAAAUAUUUAAAAAAAGUCUGAAUUCGAUAACUGGUGGAACUUCCUCCGCGUUAUUAUCAUCCAAAGCCACUUCAAAUCCCUCUUUUGUCAUCAAUGAAGCCGUUUUAGAAACGUUGAAGAAUAAACUAUUAAAUAAUAACGAAAUAUCGAUCAACAAUGAUGAAAAUAGAAAAGGGAUAUUAUCCUUGUAUGAUACAGAUAGACAACAAUUUAUUGAAAAAUUCAGAUCAGAAUUAAUAGGUUUGACUAUGCAAUUGGUUAAAUGGUAUUGUAUGGCUAGUGUUAUUUAUCAAAUAUGGUCAAAAUGGUAUCAAAAAAAGUACAAUGUACAUAAUAUAGCGAAAAGUUGGUUUACUAAUAAUAUCGGCGGUAUUGUUAAAAAUAUUAAUAGCGAUUCAAAGAUUUCGGAAAUACGGCAGGAUGAAGGUAAUACGUUUUAUGAUAAUGAUAGCAUUAUUGAUUUAGAGAAUAAUGAUGAUAUUGAUAUGGAAGAUGCUAGUGACAUUGAUAUGCUUUGA